GGGCGAUAGCGAAUCGGUUCGAAAAGGUCUCAUCGUUUUUAUUGAAAAGUUCAGGUUGAUGGCUCAUUUAUGAUCCCAUGUGGAGGACUCGGUGCAGGUCUCCAAUCAUGUUUUACGAGAACUCCGCAUGGAAGAAACACAAAAGUUGCGGGACUUCAUCUCUUCUUCCUAUGACCCCCAAGAACCCUCAGCAGUGGCUUCAGGUGGUCGGACAUGCAGGAAGCUUUCAUGUUGGGGAUUAUGGUACGCUGCUGAAGAGGUUUUGUGAAGGGGAGCAACAGUGUUACCUGAAGCUAAUGGAGGACACUUUGAGACCCUUUGUCCCAGCCUACUAUGGUGUAGUGCAGCGGGAUGAGCAGGAUUACAACAUGAUGGAUAACUUGCUGACCCAUUUUAACACACCCGCCAUCAUGGACUGCAAGAUGGGCAGCCGCACAUACCAGGAGGAGGAGCUACUGAUGGCCCAAGAGCGGCCCCAGCCUCGUAAGGACAUGUAUGAGAAGAUGGUGACCGUGGACCCAGAGGCUCCAACAGAUCAGGAACGAGCCCAACAGGCAGUGCUAAAAACCAGGUACAUGCAGUGGAGGGAGACCCUGAGCUCCACAGCAACUCUGGGUUUCCGUAUCGAAGGAUUCAGGAAAGCUAACGAAGAAUGUCACACAAACUUCAAAAGGACCAAAAGCAGAGAACAAGUGAUGGAAGCCCUCGGCAACUUUGUCGAGUCCAAUACCCACAUUGUGUGGGGCUAUCUGAGACGGUUAAAACAGUUGCGGCAGGCAUUAGAGACGUCCAACUUCUUCAAGACACAUGAGGUUGUAGGUAGUUCUUUACUGUUUGUGCACGACUGGAACGGACGAACAGGCAUCUGGAUGAUUGACUUUGGAAAGACAGUGGCUUUGCCGGCACCCCUCACCUUGGACCACCGCACUCCCUGGGUGGAGGGCAAUCGAGAAGAUGGCUACCUGUGGGGUCUGGACAACCUCAUUGAUAUACUGGCCAACAUGCUGCCACUGACCUGAAGAUAACGUGAAAAAGAUGUGUGGAAAUGUACUCUCAAUCCUUCUUUCACUUCUUGUUGUGAUUGCAGAUGGAUUGGUUUCUGAAAUGGUUGUUGUCUGAAUUGAGGAAAUGAACUUUAGGGAAAUAUGGUAAUGAGGGUGUAAAAUGGAAGAUGUGGUUGAUUACAAUAACAAGAAACAUUGCAAAAAAUAACUGAAAGCUGUAAUUUGCGCUAUUACGCAAAGAAAUACUUUCCAGAACAGACUUUUUUAAAUCAGGCCCAAGUCUCUGUUUAAAUGAAAUCAGUAAUUUAUGAGAUCCUUGAACAACCUGAGCCUUUCCAGUAAAUCCAGUGUGACCGCUGAUUAGAGCAAUACUCAGCUGCACUGCACUGACACUGAGCCAAGCACAGUCUCAGUUUCCAGCUUCACCAGGAGACAUCCGGCUCUACUGUGUUGAGAUGUCUCAUUAUUUCAGGACACGUAGCACUUGCAAUUAUGAGGCAAAAAUAUGGACGCCUCCUCUGACUUGAGAUGAUCAGUAGUUAAAAUAUCACAGUGUCAUUAAAAUGGUGCUAAAACUACAAUGCCAAAAAGUGCACUGCUAUUUCAUUAUUUCAUUGCUAUUUCACCAUCACUUAAUGUUUAAAUGCAUCAUUUGCAUAAAUAUGAUUUUGGCUUGUGGCUUAUUACACAUUGACACAUUCACAUUAGAUUGUUAAAAAAAACAUUCCCCUUUGAAUACUUUGGUGAUAGGAUCCUGCUGUUAAGAAAUUUUAACUUCAUAGUUUAGACUAGUUUUAGUCCCACAAUAUUAGACCUUUGCAUAUACUAUAGUGAUUUAUGGGGUUGAUGGUUUAAUUUUAUUACAUUUUAUAUUAUUUUCAGGCUUGUCUUUGUACUUUUAAUUAACUUUUAUGAGGAAUGAACAGCUGUUAAAUGUUUUUGUCUCAUCUAAAAGUACAACUUAAGACAGAAAGGUAGCAACAGUGGUUAAACAUUAUAUUAUGCAUUGUUACUAUGAUCGGUAAUAUUGCAAGACAAUAUUUCUACAUUAAUCAAUUUAAUUACCAUUGAUUAGAAUUUAUGCUUUUAUAUGCUGUCAACAAAAUGACUAUAAUGAAUUUAUGAUUAGAUUGUUAUCUGUGUCACAUUGACUCUCCUCAUUUAUUCUCUCUGUUGGUGACAUCUUAAC